GAUUUAAUCACCGUCAUAGGGUGCCUGGCCGCACACAUUGCACCUGCCAAAUGGUUUAAGAAAUAGUGACUCAUCAAACGUUUAUGCCAGGAGAAAAUAGAAACAGCUCGACAUUUUGACCAAUCAGUUUAUGUAUGCGUAAUUUCAGUCUGUGCAUGGGUUUCUGAGAUUUCCAAGCAGCAGUAGACUACAAACAACCCGAGUGUUGGUCGUGUGUGGAUGUGUUUCGCUGCUGCGCAGUACAACACGCAGCAUUGAUCCGCCUGAGCCAAUGUUGUGGAUGCACGCACUGGCAUCGAAGGAUCGCUACUCUGAAAUCCGAUGAAGGAGAAUACUCCGCCUGUGGCCCUUCAUCGGCAUCUCUCGGCCACUGGGCUUGCAAUAAACAUUCCAAAGCUGCCUUUGACACCAAAGAAUCAUCAUUGCAUUUUUUAAGAACGCUGUCGUGAUUGACCAGAGGAGACCAAAACCUACCACUACGCAUUCCGAUUUUUUAUUGCCUGCUUGAGGGCUACCUGCAACUGUCACCCUCUAUUUCUGCUGUCAAUAGAUUUCAACCAGCAUCUCUUUUGACCAUCGGUUACCCAGACCGAGACUCAAGAAUGCACCUCAAUGCAGUGUUGCUGGCGGUGGUCCUUUUUGGAAACUUAAUGCUGCAGUACGCCUCGGCUCAAAACGCUGGGUUUGUGAAAUCGCCCAUGUCUGAAACUAAGCUGACAGGGGACACGUUUGAGCUGUACUGCGACGUGGUGGGAUACCCCACACCGGAGAUCCAGUGGUGGUACGCCGAGGUCAACCGCGCUGACUCCUUCAAGCAGCUGUGGGACGGCGCGCGCAAGAAACGUGUCUCCAUCAACACGGCGUACGGCACCAACGGCGUGAGCGUGCUCGGCAUCACCCAGCUGAAGCUGGAGGACUCCGGGACCUACGAGUGCCGGGCCAGCAAUGACCCGCGGCGCAACGACCUGCGGCAAAACCCCGCCAUGACCUGGAUCCGGGCCCAGGCCACCAUAACCGUCCUGCAGAAGCCCAGGAUCAAUGCCUCUGACCAGGUGAUCCUGCCCACGCCACCCCCAACUCAGCACGGGAUGCCGCCCCCCCCUCUGCCGGCCAUCAUCCUGCAGUGCAACCUGACCACGGCCCACAACGCCCACCGCCAGAGCUUCUGGAUGAAGAACGGAGUGGAGAUCGAUUACACAAGGAAGGAAACAACCGACACGGAACAUAAAUUGAACAAGCCACGAGCAGAGGACGCUGGAAAGUAUAUGUGUGUCUACACCUUUGACAUGGCUCCCAACGCAAAUGCCACCAUUGAAGUAAAAGCUGCCCCCGAGGUCACUGGACACAAACGCAGUGAGAACAAGAACGAGGGUGAGAAUGCCAUGCUUUACUGCAAGUCAGUGGGCUAUCCUUACCCAGUGUGGAUCUGGAGGAAAAAAGUCGCCGAGACCUGGGUGGACAUUGACAACUCGUCCGGCCGCUUCUUCAUCAAAAUCCAAGACAGCUACACAGAGCUCAACGUCAUCAACUUGGACAUCAGCACAGACCCCGGCCAGUACCAGUGCAACGCGACCAACAAUAUCGGCCACAAGUCCUCCACGUCCAUAUUGCGGGUGCGCAGCCACCUGGCGCCACUCUGGCCCUUCUUGGGCGUGCUUGCCGAGAUCCUCAUCCUGGUUGUCAUCAUCGUCGUCUACGAGAAACGCAAGAAGCCCGACGAGGUGCCUGAUGUGAGCGCAUUUGCAUGUCUACAGACUACAGCUUUUAUCUGUCUUCUGCAGUCCAUCCAGACCAUGUUUUUGAUACCUGUUAAUCCACUGAAUUUUUUUAUUUUAUUAUUCUACAACAUGUGCUCAAAUGGCAGAGUUGUCUUAUAUUCAUUAUUUGCAGGUACUGGACACAAACCGUUCCAGUCCCUACUCUACCAGUCCUGCCAUUUGUCCAGCACCUCUGCCUUGGUUUAUCUGUACUCUUUCUCCGUCUCUUGAUGAUGUGCUUUCAGUUUACUUUCCCAAUCUAAUUGACUCAGUUUUGAAAAGAGCAGCUCUGUCCUCACUGGAGAGAGAAAAAAAAUUUGUUUGUAUAAAUUCUCUGCUCAGUCAGAUGGAAUGUGUUCUUUGCUUUUGUGUCUUGGGGUGGUGUGCCAAUUUCACCCAGCUUUUUUUUAUUUUUAUAAAAUCACAAAGAUGUACUGGACAAAAUAACUAAACAACUAAAACCAAAACCCAAAUGAGACUGAUGGCGGAUGUGAUUUCUGAGACACUUUCAGACAGUCAUAUGAGCUGGUUGUUUCCUCCACACCACUGAGGGCUCGUCGUUAUCGUUGAUGUCUGAACUGUGUCUAGCACAUCUGUAUGUCUGUGCUUUAACCUAAAUGUGUGUCUGAAUGGCAUUUAAUGCUAUGUCAAUGGCAUUUUAUAUAAUGUCAAUGGCAGUGAUGCACAAGAAAUUAACUGAAGCAUGGCAACUCCCAGGCAUAUAUUUAUCUUUGUGUGUGUUUUUCUCUGUGUGUGCUAGCAGUUAUGCAUGAAAAUGUUACAUUGGUCUGAAAAAAAAGUGCCUUGUGGCUCAGUUGGAUUUGCAGGCCAGAGAAAGAGUGGGAUUGGUGAAGGGUAGAUUAAGGUAACCUAGAUUACAUCUGCCUCUGUAAUAUGAACAAAUCAGUGGUGAGGACAUCCACGGCGUUACACAGCUGUGCUGACUCUCCCUUUCGCAAACUCACCCGCCGUGAUUCCACAGAUUUCUCCUGCUGUGCUAGAUUUUGCCAUAUGUCUAUGUGAGAUCUAUUAGUCUCUGAGUCAUAUUUCAUGUGCUGAGUUAAAAAUGUCCCUAUCGGGAUUGUAAUGAUCUGCAUCCUACAAGAUGAUAUUCAUUUUGUCUUUCAUUGUAAUGGUGUGUAAUGUAGACAUACUCAGCCCUAUUCAUGUAUUCUGAAACAUUAAAUAUUCAUAAUCAGAAUAGAUAUUAGCAUGAUGCUACCACUCUUUUAAGUUUUAUGCAUUAUAUGCAUACACAUGAAGUCUAAAAUAGACACUCACACACACAUUUUUAUGAUAUACUUAAUACACACAUUUUUAAGGGCUGUGUGUGUGUGUGUGUGCAUUUAUCUUGCAGGUCAGCUAGUUAUCAUUAGCAUUGGGCUAUUAUAGCAAGCUAUUAAGAUGAAUUUCACAGAAAACCUUUAUUGUUAUUUAGUGUGUGUGUGUGUGUUCGUGUCUUUCAGAUGAGUUUUAUAUCAGCUGUGUUGCAAACUACUGAUGAAUGCCUUUGGCCUCUAUCUACUUAACAGCAUGCUGUCUUUUUUGUCUUGUUUUUUUGUUGUUGUGCGUUUGUCCACCCCCCCCCCCCAUUUAUUUUUUCACAAUCUCGUAGACUUGGACAUCUCAAAUGCUCCCACGUGACCUGAAUGGAAUUUAUGUGGGAUUAUAUUUUGAUGGAAACUAGGAGCCUAAGGCCUAAGCAUUAUUCAUUAGUCUACACUGUCCCACAAGCAUGGACAAUGUUUGUGGCUUGAAGUUGUUUUUCCCCUUAUUUUUUGCAUUGCCUAUAAUAAUAUGAAUCCUCUUUAAAGCUUAGAAAAGGUGCAAUGAUAAUAGGAUUUGAAUGUUCAAGAUGCAGGGUGGUUGUUGGUUGACUGCUGAUAGUGUGUGAGAUUACUCACGGGACAGUGAGAUUAGUGAUCAUGAUGACUUCUCUGAGCACUAUAAAAACACUCACUGUCAUGACAACUACAUGAUUGCAAUGGCAGUAAACAAGCAAGUCCAAAAUUGUAGGUCCAUUGUACAACAGAGAUUUGAAUUCCAACAUUUCAGAUAUACACACAUGGCAACCCUUAUUAAUGGCAAACCUUGGUCCCUGGAUCUUCAAACAAUGUUAUUGGAAAUAAUUAUUUGACAUACAAAUUUAGAAUUAAUAAUAUAAAAUCGGGAUCAACUUAACACAUUGUUGUUUUACUAUUCCUGUUUCUCGCAUGUUCGGUGUUUCUGAUGUAGCAUGCCCCACAGAUUUAUAUUAAACCAUAUAACAUUCCAUGAUAUGUCAUUCAGUAUUAUUUUGUCAAACACAAAUUGAACAGCAACUCUAAACAUACAGUAAUUGUAACAUUUUGUCAGUAGGUAAGUCAAUUUAUGAAAGGGUAAUAUAGAAAAGAAUGCCUGUCUGCCUGUACUUGUGUGGGUUUCUAGUUUACCUAAUUCUGUUUUCUUGUCCUCUCUGUCUUUCUAUGCACCCUAAACUCUGAUGCAGAUGAUGAACCAGUUGGACCAAUG